UUGGCAGGAUGUUGAGGCGCGCGUCGUAGUUUAGGGAACAUUGUGAAAUAAACUGAAACUGAAAGUUGUUUGUGAUAAAAAGUUUAUUUGCUAGGUUUUUUUUCUCUCGGCAGUUUGUUAUGCCUAUAAGUGAUGUUUGCUAAGCGUCUGAUUUUAUCCUACACGAAAGCGGUCCAUCGGUUGAAUCGAUUAUCAAAUGGCGGAGGAAAAAACAGCUCCGAAUAUGAGUUUGCUGCAUCCUGUAGCUUCCUUUUACGGCGUCCAUAUAGCUUGGACGCAAACAAUCCAAAAGACGACGGCCAAAAGCCGGUGACGGUGUCGCUGUAUCAAAUGCGAAAGACUAUCAAAACUUCCAGCCUAGGGGAGAGUGUCGAAGGAGCCACCUGCAUUCAAACGUUCUGCCCCGUGUGUCAUACGGUGCCUGGAGCGUCAGAACCAACAGGAACUGAUAGUUCCUCGACGACACCCACACGUAUAUACGUUAAUAAAACGACGGGAAAUUUUACCUGCUCCACGUGCCAGUACCUGGGCCGUUGGGACCAUAUAGAAAAGUUUUUCCUCCCACACAAUCGGUCCAUGAAAACUGUGCAGGAAUUGCGUAAGCAGAGAGAUGCCUUUUUGGAGUUGAAAAAGGAACAAAUUGGCGUCUUGCAUCUGCUUCCGCAUGAUUCGGUGCCGUUGGACUUGGAAGGUGCAAAGGAGGCUAUACGGCAGUUGCAGUUGGAGAAUAUACUCCCAGAAGCACUAGUCACUGUUAAGGCGCAUUGGAACGAGCGACGGAAAGAACUCUCCAUACCACUGCUGGACGUAGAGGAGCGACCAACCGGUUACAAAACGCUUCACGUCGGUCCCGACGGAGAGAUCUGUGAGCGUACGGUACCGGAAGCAAAUGCCAGCGGUUUAAUUUAUCUGCGUUGCUCUUCGGCCGGGGUAUUAACCAAAGUGAAAGAUCACCAAAGCCAAACGAAUGCCAUUUUAGUGCUUAACGUGCUCGAUCUCCUUGCACUGGGAAGUGUAAAGCAAAAUGCAACCGCCGUUUGUCUUCCUCAUGGAUUGAAAAAUCUACCUCAACAGUGCCUGCCUGGAUUGGAGCGAUUCCAGCGGUUAACGCUGUGGUUUAACUACGACACCGCCGGUUGGGAUACGGCCCGAAACUACGCCAAAAAACUCGACGAAAGGCGGUGUCUUUUUGUGCGUCCCACCGAUCAACAUCCCACCCCGUAUAAAGCUCUACUCGAGGGAAACAUCGAACCACGGACAAUCCUGACGAAAGCACAACCCAUUCUUCAUCAGUCCAUCACAACGUUCCGCUCCCUCCGUCAGGACGUGCUGAGUGAUCUACAGAAUAUCGAUAAAGUGCAGGGCGUCAAGUGGAAACGCUACCCAACGCUAAACAAGUUGCUCAAGGGUCAUCGGAAGGGUGAACUGACCGUCCUCACGGGUCCAACCGGCUGCGGCAAGACGACCUUUAUGUCGGACUACUCGCUCGAUUUGGCCCAGCAAGGUGUAUCGACGCUGUGGGGGUCGUUCGAGAUCCGCAACACUCGCCUAGCGGUCACGCUACUGCGGCAAAUGGUCGGCCGACCGCUCGAUGAGAACUUGAGUGAGUUUGAGCAGUGGGCGGACGCGUUCGAACAGUUGCCGAUCUACUUCAUGACGUUCCACGGGCAGCAACCGAUCAGGCUGGUGAUGGAAGCGAUCGAGCACGCGCAGUACGUACACGAUAUCCAGCACGUCAUCAUCGACAAUCUGCAGUUCAUGAUGGGCGUGCAGGAGGACACGAAACACCUCGAUCGCUACUGGAAGCAGGACGCCAUCAUAGCGUCUUUCCGGACGUUUGCCACCAAGCGCAACUGCCACGUGACGCUGGUGAUUCAUCCACGUAAGGAGCGCGAUACGGACGAGCUGACGACGAGCUCGAUCUUUGGUGGUGCGAAAGCAUCCCAGGAAGCGGACAAUGUAUUGAUCAUACAGGACAAACGGCUAACAUCGGUGCGGGGAAAGAAGUACCUUCAGGUUGCGAAAAACCGAUAUAGUGGCGAUCUAGGAAUAAUGCCAUUGGACUUUGAUAAGGCGAGUCUCAGCUACGCCCAGCGUAAAAAGAAACCGGACGGAAGCACCGACGAUGGUGUGAAUGUGGAGGGACCGAAUGGAAACCCGGCUGAGCGGAUAGUUCGGAGAACAUUGUUUUAAGGAAAACAAAACAGAAAACCACAAAUGUGUACAGUUAAAAAUGGUUCUUACGCAAAGAAACAGCCUUUAAUCUACCGUCGAGAAAUUCGGAGUAAAGUGAGUCA